CCUGAUGCUCGAAAACCUCCAGAAGCAUUCAACCCCACAUACCACCUUCCAACCCAAUUCCCAGAUUGGAGAGGAGAUGAGCCAGAACACCAUCAUCAAGCAAUACCUGGAAAAACAGCAGGAGCUGCUGAGGCAGCGUCUGGAACGGGAAGCUCGGGAGGCCGCUGACCUAGAAAGCAAAAGCUGUGUCAUCUCGCGCAAGAGGGAUGAAUCGGAUGAAGAGGAAACCCGGAAACCGGAAGAGCAUCUCUCUCGGGUCAGGCAGGCCAGAGCGGUGAAGACCGCAGGAGGCGGCCAUGCGCUGGUGAGCGAAGAGCGGGAAACUUCCCUUCGAAGUCGGAGAGCUGCUCAGCGGGUGCCUGUCAAAGAGGAGGAGGAAGAGGAGGAGGAGGAAGAAGAGGAGGAGGAGGAGGAGGAGGAAGAAGAGGAGGAGGAGGAGGAAGAUGCGCCCCCUUUGCUGGUCGGCCAGACGCCCAUGAGGCCUGAGGAGCCGGGCAUGCCAGCUCCCCAAGAGACGGGCAUGUUCCAAGCUUCCCUGCCCUUCGUCCUGCAAGCCCAGCAAACGGAGGCUCGCUCUCAGAUGCCAGACAGCCCAAGCGGCGAAGCCGCCAUGCCAGUCCUCGCACACUUGCAGAGAUCAGAAGACGAGGAGGCUCAGCCCUGGGCAACAGACCCCGGGGAAAAGCAACAGGCAACUCUAGCCCCAGGGGAAUCCCCCAUGGAAAAGGAUCCCCUCCCAGAUACCCCAAAGGAGGUUGCACCCCAGUUACCCGAAGCCUUAAAAAUGGAGUCCGAAGAAGACCCAGGCCUUCUGAAGGAGCCGAAGUUGACCGAAACUCUCCAGGAGAAGGAGGAGGAGAUGAUGGAGCAGGGUGAGACUCCAGCGGCUGUUGUCUUACAGAAGGAGGGAGAACCCCAGAACAAGGGGACCCCAGAAGCAGUGGCAACCCAGGCGCUGCGCAGCCUAGAGGAAGAGGCAUCUGCUGUCGCCGCAGCGCUAGUACAGGCCUCUCCGUCUCCCCCGCAGCUGAUCGAAGCACAACAGUCGCAACAGGAUCCCCGGGGGGAUGAGCUGCCUCUGCCACUCCUGACCAAGGAAGCCCCCGCGGGACUCGCUCCCGCGGAAGACGAAGCCCCUCCUCAGCUCUCUCAGCCAUCUCCCCCCGCUCAGGAAGCACCGGCUGCAGCCAGCCUCGGAACCUCGUCAUCCCCCUUGGCGCUCCCGCCACACCAGCCCUUACGGCCCGGCAGCUCCCGCUCCUCCUCCUCCUCGUCCUCCAGCUCCUCUCGUUCCCGCUCCCGGGGCAGCUCACCACUACGCUCCCGGGCUAGGAGGACCCGCUCCGCUUCCUCCGAAUCACCUGCUCGGAAACGGCCAGCUUUAGAAUUACGAUCCCGCUCCAACUCAGAGCGGCGUAGCAGUUCGGGCUCCCAGUCCCGUUCCAGCAGCAGAGGCAGCAGCAGCAGCAAGUCCCGCAGCCGUGAAGCUUCACGGGACAGCACCAGUUUUCCCCCCACCAAAGAGCCCUCCCCACCCCACAGCCCCAAGGCCCAGCCCCAAGAGAUUCUCUCCAGCUCCAGGGACAAAGAAAGAAGCACCCUCUCCCCUCCUCCGAGGCCACACAGCCACACCCCACAACAGCAACCACCAGCAUGCAGCAUGCAGGCCGAGACCACGUUUCCAGAACGAGGCAGCCCAGCGCCCCUCUUUCCCACGGAGGAGGGGUCUGGCCUAGACAUCGGGGGCCUCGUCUCAGAGCUGCAGCGUCCGAUUGAGCCGCCGCGCAGCAAAAUCGAGGAGAAGCAGACAGUGCCAAUGGAGCUGUCGGAGCCCCAACCGGAGAACGAGGCCCUGGAGCCCGGUGGCCCCGAGGAUCAGCCCUCCGCAGACCCCUCGGGCCCCGAAGCAAGUCCCGAAGACGAGGAGAAGAAAGAGGGUUCGGCUCAGCCCAAGGCCUUCAAGAGGAAGAUCUCCGUCGUCUCAUCCUCCGUGGCCAAAGGGCCCAUUGCCACGAACAGCGACACUGAAGGAAGCCAGCCAGCGGGCCGCAAACGGCGCUGGGGCGCCAGCACCGCCACGACCCAGAAGAAACCUUCAAUCAGCAUCACCACCGAGUCCCUCAAGAGCCUGAUCCCAGAGAUUAAGCCGCCGCCGGGAGGCCAGGAAGCCGUGGUGGACCUUCAUGCUGAUGACUCCCGCAUCUCUGAAGACGAAGCCGAGCGCCACUUGGAAGAGCCAGCUCACGAGAAAGCGCUCAAGAUCUGCCGUACCGUCACACAGGUGGUCCCCGUCGAAGGGCAGGAGAAUGGCCAAGGGGAGGAGGAGGAGGAAGAGGAGGAGGAAGAGGAGAAGGUCCACGAGGAAGAACAGCCGGAGUUGGAGCCCGUUAUCGCUGUAGAGACCGUGGUUCUGCCUCCCCCGGUAGAGCACGAAGUCAAAAAAGUCACGCUGAGCGAUACGCUCACCCGGCGGUCCAUCAGCCAGCAACGUUCCGGGGUCUCCAUCACCAUCGACGAUCCCGUCCGCACGGCCCAGGUCCCAUCCCCGCCACGGGGCAAGGUCAGCUGUAUCGUUCACAUCUGCAACCUGGUGAGGCCCUUCACCCUUGGGCAGCUGAAGGAGCUGCUGGGCCGGACGGGCACCCUGGUGGAGGAGUCUUUUUGGAUCGACAAGAUCAAAUCACACUGCUAUGUCACAUAUUCAACAGUGGAAGAAGCCGUCGCGACGCGAAACGCCCUCCACGGGGUCAAGUGGCCGCAGUCUAACCCCAAGUUUUUAUCCGCUGAUUUUGUGGAGCAGGAUGAGCUGGAUUUCCAUCGCGGUCUUCUGGUUGAUCGUCCCGCCGAGGCCAAGGCCGAUGAAGCGCCCACCUUCCCUGGGGUGGGCCCAACCACGCGGGGGGAACGGGAGCUGUCCCGGCGCUCGGAGGCACGGGAGCGGGAGGCGGCCGUGCGGGAGCAGUGGGCCGAACGGGAGCGAGAGAUGGAGCGCCGGGAGAGGACCCUGGCGGAGCGGGAGUGGGAUCGGGACAAGGUGCGCGAGGGGCCCCGUUCGCGCUCCCGGUCCCGAGAGAGACGCCGCAAGGAGCGGCCCAAAUCAAAGGAGAAGAAAGCAGAGAAGAAAGAAAAGGCCCAGGAGGAACCUCCGGCUAAACUUCUGGACGAUCUGUUCCGCAAAACCAAGGCAGCCCCGUGCAUUUAUUGGUUACCCCUCACGGACAUUCAGUGUGUCCAGAAACAGGCCGAGCGAGCGGCUCGCGCGCGUGAACGGGAACGCCGGCGCAAAGAACUGGAAGCUGAGGAAGCCCGUCAGCGGGAACGCAACCGUCAAGCUGAGCGGGAUAAGCGGCGGGAACACAGCAGAGAGCGAGAACGCGAGCGCCCCAAUGCCACCAGCGGCGGUGGGGCCAGUCGAGCGGGCGAAAGGAGCGGCCGAGGAGACCGCGAACGGCGUGAAGCCAAAAGCCGCCACAGCCGGAGUCGGAGUCGGAGCACGCCUGUACAGGACAGAGGGGGGCGCCACUGAGCUAUUCCUCAGCCUUUCUUUUGACCUUCGGGGCAGGGGAAGGAGUUGGUGGUGGGGGCACUUUCCCUGAAUCGAGCUCAUGAAUUUUGCAGUCAAGGAGGAACAAGGGGGGGGGGCAUGGAGUUUCUUUGCCCACCACUGGAAAGGCCGAGAGGGGGGUCCAGCGUGGCUGGAGGGUGGCCGAAGUGGUAGGGCUCUCCCCCCUCCCUCCCCCAAACGUGGGGGUAAGUUUGAUUUCCAACCCCUCCUGCUCCCCUCUUCUGGAGCCAGUGUCCUUCCCGUUGAUUUGUAUUUUAUUUUGGGAAAUUUUUUUUUUUAUUCUGCUGAUAAUACAGGAAAGAGAGCAUAAUAAAAG